AUGGGAGGAGACGAGGACACGAUCAUGGAGGAGGGCCAGAGGCCUCCUCCUGCACCCUCCUCUGUUCUCACCUUACCUCCUCUCACAACACCUCUUGAUCAAAUUGGAUCUGCACUAGCGUCAUCUCCAUCUGCUUUUCCUCAGAUAUCACAAAUACCUGGAGCAAGCUCUUUAUCAACUCAACCUACCCUAGUGACUGGGAUGCCCCCACCACCGGACCGUGUCAAGAUGAGUGACUCUGAAAGCAACUCCCUUGAUAACCUCGUCAAGCGAGACAGCCUGGUUGAAACUAAUUCAGAUUGGUCUGAUGACGAAACUGCCGUCAAGUCUGGACUUCCUGUUGGUUCUCUCGCCACUGGGCUUUGUUACGAUGUCCGAAUGCGUUACCACUGUGAGGUUCGCCCAACCACCGAGGUUCAUCCGGAAGACCCUCGACGAAUUUACUACAUCUUCAAAGAGCUUUGCCGUGCUGGGCUGGUAGAUGAUCCGGAUUCUGUUCAUCCGCUGGCACCACAGACACUGAAGCGCAUCGCUGCUCGAAAUGCCACUGAAGAUGAGAUUACGCUCAUCCACUCCCAAGCUCACUACGCCUUUGUCAAAAGCACCUCAGAAAUGCCCGAUGACGAGCUGGUGUACCUCGAGAAGACUCGCGACUCGAUCUAUUUCAACAGAUUGACCUUUGCUUCGUCUCUUUUAUCCGCAGGAGGCGCCAUUGAAACAUGUUUGGCCGUCGCACGGCGGCACGUCAAGAAUGCCAUUGCUGUGAUUCGCCCUCCGGGUCAUCACGCGGAAUAUGACACUGCAAUGGGCUUUUGUCUUUUCAACAAUGUCCCCAUUGCAGCCCGAGUCUGCCAACAGACCCUUGGAGAUCAGUGUCGUAAAAUUAUGAUUCUGGACUGGGAUGUUCAUCAUGGUAAUGGCGUGCAAAAGGCCUUCUACGAUGACCCGAAUGUUCUCUACAUCUCGAUUCAUGUCUACCAGAAUGGCAAGUUCUAUCCCGGCGGCGCCGAGGGUGACCUGGAUCAUUGCGGCGAAGGUGCUGGACUCGGGAAAAAUGUCAACAUUCCUUGGCCUGAUCAGGGCAUGGGCGAUGGCGACUACAUGCAUGCCUUCCAAAAGGUUGUGAUGCCCAUUGCCGUGGAAUUUGACCCGGAUCUAGUGAUCAUCUCUGCUGGGUUUGAUGCCGCUGCUGGUGACGCCCUUGGUGGCUGUUUCGUAUCGCCCUCUUGCUACGCUCAGAUGACACACAUGCUCAUGACCCUCGCAAACGGCAAAGUGGCGGUCUGUCUGGAGGGCGGGUACAACUUCCGAUCGAUUUCCAAGUCUGCACUUGCUGUGACCAAAACCCUCAUGGGGGAGCCCCCAGAUCGGCUGACCAAGACAGCCCCAACUCAAGAUGCCAUUGAGACCGUUGGCCGUGUGAUGGCUACUCAGGCACAGUACUGGCGUUGCAUGUAUCCCAGGCCACCUCAGCAUCUCGCGUGGGCGGAUCGAUUGCAUGAUGUUCUUCGCGAAUAUCAGGCCCAUCAGCUUUACGAGAAUUUCAAGUUGACUCCUCUUUACAUUUAUCGCAACAAGAUAUCGAAAUCUUUCCAGAACCAGGUUCUUGCGAGCGCAAAUUACCAUGAGCGUGUUCCGCUUAUUGUCAUCUUUCACGACCCUCCCGAGCUGAUGGGGUAUCCCGACCCCGUCACUAGCAAGCUCGAAGCUCACAAUUGCUGGAUGUCCGAUGCGCAAAAAGAUUACAUUGGAUGGAUCAUUAGCAAGGGCUACGCUGUAAUUGACGUGAACAUCCCCAAGCAUGUUACACAGGUACCAGCCACGGGAAAGUACGAAGAAGAAGACGAGAAUCGACCCACUGCAACCGAAGAGCUUGCGAACUACCUGUGGGACAACUACAUCGACUUCUUUGACAAGCGUGAAGUUUUUUUCCUCGGAGUCGGCAGCGCAUUUGCAGGAGUGGUAAAUCUCCUCAUCAAUCGGGAAAACCUGUACAAGCGCGUUAGCGGGAUCAUUUCGUUUGUGGCGGAAAAUCCCGUGCGGGCUGUUGCCUCCUCCACACAAGUGUGGCUGUCCAAAUGGUACCGAGAUAACUCGCUGGUUUUUGUUUCCGAGUCCCAUGCGGUCUGGAAAGAUCAAGACCGCAAGCCAUCCAAGCGAUACGGCACACUUUUCAAAUCCAGCAAAUCCUCUCUGGGGGAGAUGAUGACCGAACAUCAGCAGCAGGUCUUUGAAUGGCUCGCUGAUCGCGCGGAUGAGGCCCUUGAUGAGACUGAGGAUGAAGCUGACGAAGAUAUGGCCGUGAGUGGGUAA